AUGAAUUCAUCAAAAGAGAUGAUGAACAGGAUUGUGAUUAUCUUACUUUGUGUUCUUUUUUCGUCCACUUAUGCUUCUUUUCCGGAAAAGUUCUGCAAGGCUGACCUCAACGGUCCAGACAGCCCUUCUGGCUAUCCUUGCCUGCCAUCUGAAACAGUAACAGCUGCAGACUUUAAGUACACCUUUAAUGGAAAAGCAGGCAUUCUAGUCCCACCCAACACUCUAGUAUUCCCUGCAACUGUUGCUCAGUAUCCUAUACUCAACGGUCUUGGAAUUUCUGGAGCAAUUGUAGAGAUCCCGGAAGUGGUGAUUGAAGUUCAAAUUGAUGUUGGACUCUUGACACCUCGGAAAGCUUUUCGCAAUACACUUAGACCGGGAGAUGUUAUCCUUUUUCCAGAAGGACUGCUGCAUUAUCUUAUCGAUUCUGGUCGUGGGAAAGCCGUUGCUUUUGCCGCUUUUAGUUGCCCUAACCCUUCUUUUCGUUUUCUUUAUGAAGAACUGUUCACCAACGACGUCCCUAGCAUCACCAUUUUCCCAGAUUAG